AUGUUACUAUACUCUGAGGGAAUAACUAGACAUUACUGUCUUAUUAAAGACCUGAAUAAAUUACUCUAUGAUCAAAAUGGUCGUAAAUGUCGAAUGUAUUACUGCCGUUACUGUCUGCAUGGAUUUAUUCGAGAAGACAUUCUACAAGAGCAUGAACCUCACUGUUGUCAACAUGGAGCCCAGCGAAUUGAAUUAUGGAAUGAACACAAUGCUUCACUCUAUUUCAAAGAUUAUCACAAACAACUCAAGGUACCGUUUGUUAUUUAUGCUGAUUUUGAAAGCGUCACAGCCAAGAUCGACUCAGUUUCCCCAAAUCCAACUAAAUCAUCUACCGGGAAAUACCAGCACCACCAACCUUGUGGAUUUUCGUACGUUGUCGUGUCAGAGGCAAGAAAAUAUAACAAGCUUCCUGUCUUUACCGUGGUGAGGAUGCUGUGGAUAAGUUUCUCGAGUGUUUAAAGACAGAACAGCAAUACAUCGAAGAGAAACUUAGUUUCAUCGAGCCGAUGCGCAUCGAGAAGGAAGAAGAACAGAUGUUUCAAAACAGAAUUAGCUGUCAUACAUGGGGUUUUGAAUUGGGCGCCGACCGGGUUCGGGACCAUUACCAUCUCACAGAAAAGUAUCGUGGAGCCACACACAACGAAUGUAACUUAAACUAUAGUUUUACUGGACGCAUUCCUGUCGUCCUUCGCAAUCUUCGUGGUUAUGACUCCCACCUGAUUAUGCAAGGUCUUGGAUGGAAAGCUAAAGAAUAAGGUGAUCAACUGCAUCCCCAACAAUACCGAAAAAAUAUUUAUUCUCCAUCGAUGAACUAGAUUUUAUUGACUCACUUCAGUUUAUGAACGCUUCCCUCGAACGGCUUGUCUCAAACUUAUCCAAGAAUGGUGAGGAUAUAUUUCCCUUCCUACAGAGAUAUGUUGAAUCUGAUCAUGAGAAGUACCUACGGAACAUGGAUAGUGUGAAAAAGUUUGAUAAAGAAACUCUGCCUCCUCAAGAAUGCUUCUACAGUGUUCUAAAUGAUGAACACGUUUCCGAUGCUGACUACGACCACGCUACUCGCGUCGUUGAGGCUUUUAACUGCCAAAGUAUGGGAGACUACCAUGAUUUGUACUUAAAAUCUGACAUUCUGCUCCUUGCUGAUGUAUUUGAAAACUUCCGUAACGUCUGUUUAAAAGCGUAUAAUCUAGAUUCUUGUCACUUUUACACAAGUCCUGGUUUGGCGUGA